UACAGCUACUGGCCUCCCCUGAAAUCUACUCCCGUAGUUUGAAAGUUAUUUCUGAAAUUUUCUGUAAACUUGCACUGAUUUUGCCUGUCCAGAUGCCUUACCUCUACAAAAAUUACACCCCGAAGUGAACAACCAUUUUGGCCAUGGAGGAAGCAUCUCCCCUGUGUUUCCCGACCACGGUCAGUUCUCAUUUGACAAUCUGGAAUCUGUCAAAGUCCUUGUAACAACUUUUCAAAAUGGAAAAGAGACUUCUAAAAAAAUUCUUCAUGUUUCAAGUAUCAAUAAUCUCAUUGAACAAAAUCUUGCCCAGCAAUCUGGAUGUUCUUUGGACAGGAUAUUAAAGUAUAACUCUGACUUCUUGGAGUACACUGAUCACUGAUGUUGACACCAAUGUGGAAAUUAAGGACUUUGACAGAUUUCAUGUGUUCCUGUCAACUGGAGGGCCCCUAGUGGAAGCUUUUCUUGAGGAGAUGAAUCAAAACCAGCCUCAUACUAAUAGGGGAGAGGAGUCAGCCCUUACAGUGACUACUCAUGAAGAAAGCUCCACAGAUUCUUCAGGAAUACAAAACCACAGGCUUCCUGUCAAUGCAGUCAAGAAAGCUUCUUGUGAAGACGUGUAUUGGAGAUCUAGUUGAGAGGUGUGGCUUUUAUCCUCUUAAUGGAGACAAGCCGGCCUUAGCAAAGAGCAUCAUUGCCACCUUCCCAUCUCUGAGUGUCCAGGUGGCUGGACAAGGAGAAGGAUUUGAGCAUUUCUAUGAUCCAGCAUCUCACAGUGGGUUCCUAGAGAUUAAACUGCGCAACCUUCGACGUAAUCUGCAACAAGAAGAAAGGCGCUACAGGAAACAAAAAGUGACCAGCGACCAAGGGGAAACACACACAUUCAAUGCUACUGAGACUGAAAAUGACAACACCACAAAUGAGUGGGUCACUUUGAUCAAAAGGUUGCGGGCCUCUUCCGAAAACCUUUCAGCAAUUAAGUCAGAAAUGGAGAAAACAUUCACUCAUCGCAGAGCCUGGAUUACGAGGGAGUCACCCACGCUCGCAGAAAUAUUGAGUGAAUAUCCACGGUUUCUGGACAUGCCAAGUCUGCUGGACUCAGAAUUUGGAAGGAUCACAGGUGAAAAGGCAGACCUAUUCCUUCGUAAAUGGGAGGCCAACAUCAUGCCAAAACUCAAAGCCGUGGCUGCUAUGGAACCAAGACUGUGCACUCUUUUGAAAGGAAUUGAAGACAUGACCAAAGAUGAGGCUUGUUACACAAUGCUUGUGUUGUUAACACAUCUACUACCCCCUGUUGGUGUCAGUCGUUGUAGCACCAAGACAACAAUAACGUACCUUCUGGAUUUUGUGCUGCCUGGAACAAGAAUAGCAUCGCUGUGCAGUGAUUCCUCUGCUUCAUCAACGACUCAUCAGCCCCAGCUGAUCUGUAUCGGUGACCUCUGGUCAUUGAAGCAGUAUGUCAUUGUAGCUAAGAAUGACAAAGUCACCAUCCCUCUAAAUGAUGGUCUCACGUGUGCUGUGGACAAGCUUUUCAAACUCUACUGGGUCUGUAACUUGUCUUAUCCUCCACAACUCUGCCCUGUCUUUACAUUCUUUGAGUACAUCUACGAUCUACUGUUCUCCACACAAAGAAAGGCAAAAGUUCUGGAACUGAUUGCACAACUGAAAGCUUGCAAGUAAAAUGUACAGUUGUCCACAAUGUGGAGGGACUGCUUUCAAAGAGGUAAAAAACCUCAUAUUGCACCUCCGUGAAAUACAUUGCUUAUCAGAUGGACAGAAUAUAAAAAUUAUAUGUGGUCAAGACCGUUGUCCAAGGACAUAUUAUAACUUAAAUUCGUUUUAAAUUCGAAAUUACUAGUUUUAUUAAAUGAAAUCUGCCCUUGAGAACAGAUCACAGAAAGGAGCCUUUAUUUGGAGAAGUUGUUCAUAUUCUGGUGCAUAACGACUCCAUUUUCAUGUUUGUUCGAAUACUAAAUGUACUGUACUUUGAUGAUCGAUUUUUUAUGCUUAUGCAGUACAAAAAACAAGCGAAUACGAGUUGAUCACACCUGCAGAAGUUUCAGAUUUGCAUCCGUUAGAUGUUAUGAGGAGUUUUGGCACCAAAGAGUUGUAUGUGUCCCCAAAAUACAAAAUCUUGUACCUUGGUUGAUGACUGUACUGGAUUGUAAAUACAUGUUGCCAUUUGAGUGCAAUUGGAAAAGCUGAUUAUUAUUGGAAGGGACAGGGAUUCUUUUUCAUUAUUUCUUUUAUGAAAUUUAUUGCCAUGUUUUUCAUAGAUGUUCACUAAAUGUUAGAAAACAUAUUUUAUUACACAGACAGUUAGGGAUUUUUAAAAAGGUUUGGUGUUAAUACCUUAGAAAAAUGGGUAUUUUGUUUGCUUGACUUUGUGAUAUGAAUUUAUUUUAACACUUUUUAAAAUAUUUAGCUGCCCCAGCAUUAUUGUUGUAACAUACUUAAUUGUAAUAAAAGUA